GUCUAUGUAUUACGUUUUAUGAUAUAUGGAAAAAUCGAGGUGUUUGUUUAUGUACAUAUGCUGUCAACACAUUUGUUUAAUUUACUGCUGGUUUGACAUAAAAAAACAUUGAAUAAAAUCUAGCGACUUGGUGAGAAAAUCAUGGAAAAAGAUGAAGACUUGACACAUUCAUACGCGUUAGCACCUUUGACUCAUCAGUACAUGGUAGUGGACGAGAUGGAAGACGAGCACGACCAAUUGGCAGCCGAAAAUACCGACGAUUCAAAUCAUGAUGGGGAAAAAAUGGGGGCUCCACUUCGUGAACAAGAUCGGUUUCUACCUAUCGCAAACGUCGCUAAAAUCAUGAAACGAGCCAUACCAGAGACCGGCAAGGUAACUAACAAAAUAGCCAAAGAUGCCAGGGAAUGUGUACAAGAAUGUGUUUCAGAAUUUAUUAGCUUUAUUACUAGUGAAGCUAGUGAUCGCUGCCAUUUGGAAAAAAGAAAAACAAUUAAUGGAGAAGAUAUACUAGUAGCUAUGAGUACUUUAGGUUUUGAUAACUAUGUAGAACCACUGAAAAUAUAUCUUCAAAAAUAUAGAGAGGCUGCAAAGAGUGAUAAAAAUCUGGGUGGUGAUGUAAUGUAUGAAGAAAUUCAAGAAGAAUCAUACAGUACUGCUGGUACUAGUUUGUUGAAUUCUGAAAAUGGUGAAACUGGAGCAGUGUUGUAUGCAUAUCAGGACAAUGGUAUUCAACAAUUUCAAUUAGGAUAAAAAUUUCUUCAUAAUAAGUGAUAAAAUUCUUGAACUGACUAAAGAAUAUAAUUAUUAGUGUUAAUAAAUUCUUUUUAUUUGAAAUUUAAAUUGACAAAUAUCUGUUUAGGCCUAAUUUGUUGAUAACUGAUUUUGUUUGAUUCUUGGUCAGGGUUUUUGAUCAAAGUCUCAUUAUUUGAAGAUAUUCUGAAUAGUAAUUGUACAAUGAGGUCCAUUUUAAUUAAUAAGAAAUAUCCUUAUUAUUCGAAAUAUCCGAUAUUAUAAAAUAUUUCGUAAGACAGGAAUAUCAAUGUAAAAUCAUUAACUAACUUAUUGUUUCCAUUGUAUUCUCUCAAUUAUUUAAGUGUACUAUAAACCUGUAGUAUUGUUAGCUUUAUUCAUUCAUUAAUUGAUCAUUUCCAAAACAAGAACCGUGAUAUUACAACCAUGAAGAUAACAAACAAUAUUUGAAAAAAUUCUUAUCAUAAUAAUCUACCUCUGUCAGCUAAACAAUAUCUAAUUCUAUUACAUAGAUAUUAGAGAAUAUCCAAGUUCUAAGGUUUUACAAAAUUUUUCUACUUUAUUUUAAAUCAUAAUUUCAAACAAUUCAAUUUGAUAUUGUCCUCUGUAAAUAGUUCAUAGAAAGGUUUGUGCGCUCUGUAGCAACAGUAAUUAUUUUUCCUCUUUUGUAAACAGUUUUCAAAAUUACAAUAUUUCAGCUUAUGAUGCUUCACUUAAAAGGUGACCCAUCACACUCUGUUAACCCUUAUGUAAGUGACAUUUUCAAAUUUAAAGAAAAGUAUGUUUUACACUCUGCCAUUUCCUGAGAGCCCUUAACUAGUUAUAAAUUAUAUAUUUUUUAUUAUUUUGACGCAGUCUACUAUGUACUAUGUUCAGUGGAAACCAAAAUAUAAUUUAAACUCACAAUAGAAUGACAAGGUAUCCAGGUACCUCUGUGUCUUUUAUGACAAUGAAAAAAGUACUUAUAAUUUCGUACAAAACUGAAAACUGGUUUUCUUCAGUUAGUACAAGCUUUUCGUGUUCUUCUUUGCUUGUUGUAGGUCUAGAAGGAAUCGAAAGCCUUAGUUCUUGGCCAAUAUCACAAUGCAGUUUUUGAUCUUUCUUCUAUAUCUUUACCACACAUUAUUGUGAUAUAUGUAUAUGAUAUAUGCUACCAAAUCUACAACAUCAAUGAUUUAUCAAAAAGUGCUAAAGGCCACCGAUUCAUUCUGCAUUGUAUUUUGUUAACAGCUUAUCCAUAUUGUCCACUCCAAUUUAGCCACGAGACCUAAUACAGUGUAUUCUCCAUCAUCUGUUUGUCUAUUUUAGUAAUUUUUUGCAUUACAAGCCCCAAAUAUUUUAUUGACUUUUCAAGGUUUGUAAUGAACAAAGUCCAAAUAUUUUGUAUAGCACCUGCUUUAUCAGCUAACAAACUUUCAGGUAGCGUUAGAUCAUUGUCAAAUCUUCUGAAGCGCAAAAUUUUGAAUCUAUCAUGGAAAAACGCAACCCGAAAUAAUGGUGGGUGACUGGAUUUCCACAGAUCAGUGAAAUACUCUUUAUUAAUCUAUGUAACACACUAAAUAUUAGAAAGCCAAAAAAUGCAUCUAAUUCCUGUUCUGUGAACUGUUUGAAUAUUUUUUGUGCCAGACGCUUGCUAAUAUCAGGGUAAUUUUACAUUAGUUUAUUAUUGUAUGCUUCAGUAAUCUUAGUCCUUUUCCAUUAGUGUCCAUCAAGAUUAUGUCACACAUUUAAUUUGACAAUAUAUUUUGGAAUAUUUCCAUUAGUUGUGGUUUACUGAAAGAAGCAGAUCUGCCCCAUUGAGGAAUAAUGUUUCGACUACUAGUUUGUGUUCUGGGAAGUGUAAUAAGAAUAAUAGAAUAAUAAUUUGCAAUAAGAAUAUUUUCAAACGAUUUCCCUUCAAAACUCGUAUCGGAAUCGUAACAGCCAAUCCGAUCUUUUCAACCAAAAGAAUAUAAUUGUGUUCAUUAUCAGGCAAACUCACCUUCAUCACUGGAAGGUUCUGCUAAUUCUGAAUUUUUGAACAUGUGAUCUUUGUGUAGAAAUACUUGCUCCAAUAUUCAUAUUAACACUCACAAAAUAGAAGUAAGCUCGUAUAUGAACAAAGUGAACGGUGAAGUGGCAAUAUCAAGCAUGAUACUUGAUAAUGGAUAAUAUGUUUCUUGCGCGUCAACAACCAUGUAUUACAUUCCCCCCCUCUCCCGCUUUAAUCGUAAACGUUAUUAGCUUCUUUCCAAUUUAUUUAGCACUUUGUACAAAAACCCAUGGGCUCGACGCUCAUGAUUGGUAUACAAGAAUCAAUUGGAACAAACUUCGGUAAGUGUUAAAAUUUGAAAACAUGUCAUAAAUGAUUUGUUCAUUUGUUGCCGUGUCCCAAACUCAAGAUACUUAAAUUAAUUGAAUAUAAAAUAUGAAUACUAUGAGAGCACUUCUUUGAAACUACACUUUUCACCAUAUAUAGCUUCUUAUGCCCUUUUAUAAGUCUUCCUCAUCAAGUUUUGAGUAAACACAAAUGUAAAUCUAUAUGAAUUUAAAAUAAAUUCCCACACGUCAAUUGUGCAGUUUGUGGUUAAAUCACAAUUUUGAAGCUGGUGGUUCAUUUAUGCAUGGAGCCAAAACAUUUAUCUGGUUUUUGAGGCACAGAUCUUGAAAAUGGCAAUUUGGAACAUGGGUUUGAAGCAUUACGCACCCAUGUGCUUGAUUGGGUGCUCAAUUUGUGUAAUUGGAAAGUAACUAGUAUGGGUAACGUUAAAACAGAUCUUGAUUGUAUACAUUACGUAUAAACUGUAUGAAGGCACCUACAUCGUCACUCUGAUAAAGGUGUAUUAUUUGCCAUUCACAUAAGGGUUAAAAUGAAUUAGAAAUCCAUUGUAACACUUGAGCUUUAUAUCUCUUAAUAGGUUUUAUUGAAAUUUAUACUGUUAUGAUUUUACUUUAGUUAAAAAUUUUCUUCCUGUCUGUAGAUUUUUUUUCAAUACUGUGUAUUAUACGUUUUAGGGAUUGUUUUAGAUGUAAGCAUAAUUUCUAUAAAAAAUAUGAGUAAUUUGUGAAUAAUCUAAUUAUUAGUAAUAUAUAGAAAUGUUCUUCAA